AUGGACGAGAACGGCUCGGUGGAUCGGCUGUUAGAGAUCGUCCGAGCGGUGAAGGCAAAGGGCCCUCUCGUCCAGUGCCUCACGAACUAUGUCAGCAUGGACUUCAUGGCGAAUGGCCUGCUGGCACUGGGCGCGCAGCCUGCCAUGGUCCACUCCCCUGCGGAGCUGGACGAGGCGAUCAGCAAGGUGAAGGCUGCCGGUGGCGCGGUCUCCAUCAACAUCGGCACGCUGGACCUCUCUUGGAUAGAAUCCUUCAAGAGCGCGGUGGCGGCCUGCAAGAAGUACAACCUCCCGUGGGUUCUGGACCCUGUGGCGGCUGGCUUUACGGCGCUGAGGACAAGCACCGCGGUGGAGCUCCUUGAGAUGGGAGGCUGCGGGGUGCUGCGGGGCAACGCCAGCGAGAUCCUGUCACUGAGCGGGGAAGACGGCGCUGCCAAAGGUGUUGACUCCACCAAAGGGUCCGAUGGCGCGCUCAAGGCAGCAAAGUCCUUGGCUGCCAAGUAUGGCUGCGUCGUCGGCAUCUCGGGAGCUGUGGACUAUGUCGUAAGCCCGGAGGGCAGCAUCUUCAGUUGUGCCCAUGGGGUGCCGAUGCUUCAGAAGAUCACUGCUUCUGGCUGCUUAGCAACGCGGCAAUAA